AUGCCUCCGUUCUCGAAGAGCGGCCUCCAGGUACUCGCUGGCGAGUACCUGGCUGGUCCUCUUCUGAAGUGGGACGAGAUGUCCCUGUUCGACCAGCUGUUUGCCGCGAGCUCCGAGCCCGAGAUGUCCGUUUUGACCUGGGAGCUGACCGAGCUCCUCUGCAACAUGGUCAUUGUCGUGGGGGCCGGCUCCCCCCAAUCGUACCUCCUCCGUGUCGUCCUCGCACCAGAGUUUGCGUGGUUCGGCUUGCACUGGGCAGGGAUGCCACACCCUGCCCAGGUUCCCACCUCCUCCCCCGGCCUCCUCAACCUCCUCCACUCCCGCCCCCUGGCCGCGUCUGCGGCCCUCCACCAAAACCUGGGGAUCGGCGACGAGUGGAAGUCCCUCGUCCUCCGCCUAUGGGCUCACUUCGAGCCCUACGGCUCCUCCCUCCGCCCCGGCCAGCAGCCCGCCGCCGCCAACAUCCUCCUACCGAUGGAGGGUGUCAUGCCCAUGGAGGGCAUUGAAUUUGUGCCCGUCUCCGGUGUCUACAUGGACACCAUGAUCCGGGAUAUCUCCCCGGACAUGGAUGUCUGUGCGGAGACUGGGCCCGUGUCUGCCGCCGCCCCGCCUGCCCCAAUGACGGUGCCGGUGCCUCCCUCCCUCCCUCUGGUGGUGCCCACCCUCGCGGUGGUUGCCCCCUCCCUUCCCGUGGUGCCGCCCUGCCUUCCUGUGGCCGCCCCGUCCACCAACAAGUACCGGCAACGGUACUAG